AUGAAGAUAGUAGUCCUCUCCAACCUCUCCAUCAAGGGUGAUGGUGGGCCCGGAAGCAUCAAUCAGAUUAACUUCACUAAAGGCAGCGAGGUGAAAAGUGUAAACGAGGACACAUUUACUUACAAUUACACAUUGAUUGAAGGUGAAGCAUUGAAGGAUGAGUUUGCAACCAUUACUUAUGGGUCCCACAAUAGAGAAAGUAAUGCACUAUUUUCACUUGGAUUCAACUUUCACAACCUUGAAUAUUCCGUGAUCUUUGCAACCUACACAAUAUUCACCAUGGGAGGCACAACUUUUACAUAUGAUUAUUCUUCCCCUGUUGCUGCAUCACGCAUGUUCAAAGCCUUGAUCACUGACUCUAGAACUUUGCUUCCAAAGCUCUUACCACAGUUCAUAAAAGAGGUCAACGUGAUCCAAGGAGAUGAGGAAGCUGGAACCAUUGAACAAGUUAACUUUGCUGAAGCUAGCCCCUUCAAAUACGUAAAACACAGGAUUGAUGAGGUUGAUAAAGACAAAUUAGUGUGCAGAUACACCAUGAUUGAAGGGGGUCCAUUGGGGGACAAGCUUGAGUCUAUAGUUUAUGAGGUUAAAUUCGAGGCCACAAGUGAUGGGGGUUGCCUUUGUAAGAUGACAAGCACAUACAAUGUCAUAGGGGAUUUUAAAGUCAAAGAAGAAGAGAUAAAGGAAGGAAAGGAAAGCUCUCUUGGAGUCUGCAAAGUUGUGGAAGCCUACCUGCUUGAGAAUCCACAAGUCUAUGCUUAA